GGUUGGAGGAAGCACUGCGAACUCCGGCGACCGAGGGCUUCCGAGAGGAGGCCGGUGCACCCGAUCGAGCCGGGCCAGCCGGUGCCGGGCACCUAGCCAUGGCCGGGGGGCGGGGCUCGACCGUCGCCGGCCUUCAGAGGCAGCGCUCCUCGCCCCGGAGGUGUCAGCUCUGACCCAGCCUCCAGGGACAGCACCAGCAGCCUCAUCUCUCACUCGCCCCGCUUGGAAACUACCACAGGUUGCUGGAGCCCUUUGGGUUUUGAGGGGGCCUGGACCAGACCCUGGUUCAGUAGGAUGCCCCCGUGUCCUCCUCAGCAGAGCAGGAACAGGGUGACACAGCUGCCUGUUGGGGAGCUGGGCGAGAUGGAACUGACUUGGCAAGAGAUUAUGUCCAUCACUGAGCUGCAGGGUCUCAAUGUUUCAAGUGAGCCAUCCUUUGAGCCCCAAGCACCAACCCCGUACUCUGGACCCCUGGCACCUCCGACCUACUGCCCCUGUUCAGUUCACCCAGAUGCAGGCUUUUCUCUUCCUCCACCAGCACCGUAUGAGCUCCCAGCAUCCACAACUCACGUCCCAGAGCCCCCAUACUCCUACUGCGGCAACAUGGGCAUACCAGUAGCCAAGCCACUGACCCUCUCAGGCCUGCUCAACGAGCCCCUCCCAGACCCACUAGCUCUUCUGGACCUUGGGCUCCCAGUGGGGCCACCUAAGCCUCAAGAAGACCCAGAAUCCGACUCAGGAUUAUCCCUCAACUACAGUGAUGCCGAAUCUCUUGAGCUAGAGGGCGCAGAGGCUGGCAGGCGAAGGAGCGAGUAUGUGGAAAUGUACCCGGUGGAGUACUCUUACCCACUGAUGCCCAACUCCUUGGCCCACCCCAACUAUCCUUUGCCCUCUGCUGAGACGCCCUUGACCCUAGAGUCCUCGUCUGGCCCUGUGCGGGCUAAGCCUGCUGCCCGGGGGGAGGCGGGGAGUCGGGAUGAGCGAAGGGCCCUGGCCAUGAAGAUCCCCUUCCCUACGGACAAGAUUGUCAACUUGCCGGUGGAUGACUUUAACGAGCUGCUGGCGCAGUACCCACUCACGGAGACCCAGCUGGCUCUAGUGCGGGACAUCCGACGGCGGGGCAAGAACAAGGUGGCGGCCCAGAACUGUCGCAAGAGAAAGCUGGAGACCAUUGUGCAGCUGGAGCGGGAGCUGGAGCGUCUGGGCAACGAAAGAGAGCGGCUUCUCAGGGCCCGAGGGGAGGCCGACCGCACGCUGGAGCUCAUGCGCCAGCAGCUGGCGGAGCUGUACCGUGACAUUUUCCAGCACCUUCGGGAUGAAUCCGGCAACGGGUACUCACCCGAGGAGUAUGUACUGCAGCAGGCUGCUGAUGGGGCCAUCUUCCUGGUGCCCCGGGGGACCAAGAUGGAAGCCACAGACUGAUGGGGCCAGAGGGGGCGGGGACUGGGGAGAGGGACCCCGAACACCCAGAAGGCACUUAAUUCCCCAGACCGAGAGGGUGGAAGCAACCCUGGCUUUGGAAGAAGCCCCAAGGUGUGUUCAGAAAGGCUUGCCUGGAGACCAUGGGAGGGACUUAGCUUCCUAGGCCCUCAACUGCCACGUCUUGUCUAAGCAUUGGCCUAUAAAGAGC